CUAAUGAUGAGGUCGAUUCUUUAACCUGUUAUUAUCAUAUUCUUGACUGUAUAUAUAAAGCAAGAUGAAAAUUCUCUUGACUUGUAUUUUUAGUUUAAUCUUUCCGUUAAUAGUAUCAUACAAAAUGUCUGUGAAAAUUAAACGGGUAGUAGAAGGCACCGGAUUAGCAGAAGGACCUCAUUGGGAUGAACGAAGUCAAACACUGUUUUACGUUGAAAUUUACGCAAACAAAAUAUGCAGAUACAAUCCAGAAGAUUCAGUAGUCACCUGGGCAUAUACUGCACAUGGUCCAGUGGGAUCCAUAGUGCCAGUUAAGGAUAAACCAAAUACAUUUGUAGCUGGUUGUAGUAAGGAUAUUGUUCUGGUCACAUGGGAUGGUGAAAAUAAUUGUACAGAUCUUCCAGUUAAACGAUUGACGACUGCAUUAAAACACAGUCAAGGCACACGAUUUAAUGAUGGGAAAGCUGAUCCAAUGGGUAGAUUUUGGACUGGCACGUACACUGAAAGAGGACAAGAAUUAUAUUUACCUAAUCAAGGAGAACUGUACAGUCUAGACUCUAAUAAAGUGUUGACAACCAGAGUUACGUCAGUUUCUAUCAGUAAUGGUCUUGCUUGGAGUUUAAAUAAUAAACUUUUAUAUUACAUUGAUUCUCCGACGCGAAAGGUUGCAGAGUAUGACUACGAUUUACUGACGGGAUCUAUUGCUAACAAAAGAAUAGCUUUCGAUCUAGAAGAAAAUAAUCUUCCUGGAAUUCCUGAUGGAAUGACGGUAGAUUCUAAAGGCAAUUUGUGGGUAGCGCUAUUUGAAGGAGCUCAAGUAAUUCAAAUUGAUCCAAGGACUAAAAAGUUACUUAGAUCUAUUCCAAUGCCAGCAAAGAGAGUAACUAGUGUUGUUUUUGGUGGCCCCUUAUUAGAUACUCUAUAUGUUACUACUGCCGGAUACGGUUUUUCGAUUCAGAACGAGCAAACUCCUGCAGAUGAUUUGCAAGGUGGAUCAAUUUAUGAAGUUAAAGGUACUGGUGCUCGAGGAGUUCCAGCUAAUCAUUAUAAGAUUAACUUAUAAUUCAAUUAACAAAUUUUAAUAAUUAUGAUAACUUGAUGUUAAAUAAUAAACUUUCUUAAAAUAA